AGGUGCUACUAAGGCCCGUUGGACCGACAAGCCUCAAUAAUUAGCCCCUCAGGACAGCAAUGGAACACAGAGGAGCUGGUGAGGGGCCGGGCAGAAGACCCUCCAGUCCCUCCUCUGGGACACCCAUGGGUGCCAAGGGACAAGCAGCACUGAGUGUUCAAAAGCCCAGGGUAAAGGUCACUCCCUUCCAUGGCUCCCCCGUAGCAAGCAGUGAUGGAGCCCUCCGCAGCACCCGGACCGCAGCCUCUGCUCAUGGAAGCCUGUUUCUGGACACACUUGGUCGGCUGAAUGCCCCUCCUGUCAGAGGGAGAGCUGCUGCUGGGAGCUCAGAGGAACCCCCCCGCAGUUCAGGCUCUGCACCGGCCCCCACAGGAGUAAAUCUCCAGAGUGCUGGCAGGAAGGCAGUGAAGUCAAGCACCAUGCUUUGUCCCAGCCACAAAGGAAAGGAGAGGAGAGCUGUCUCCAGCAAACCUCCGUCCGCUGUGAAGAGGAGAAAAAGGAAGAUGGGAAUGUACAACCUAGUCCCCAAGAAGAAGGCCAAGGCCAUUAAACAGCAGGAGAAGAAGGAGGAGCCAGGACCCAGUGUGCAGCAGAACAGAGCUGCAGCUGAGGAGAAGCCAGUGAUGCUCACAGAGACUCUGCAGCCCCUCAGGAGUGAACUGUUGAUGGAGGGGGACCCUGGAGAAGGAGAAUACACAGAGCUGGCUUUGGAGUGUCUGGAUCUGAAAGCUCAGGAAGAGCUGCUCUCUCCUCCCCUGUCAGAUGCUAAGGUGACAGAAUCAGACCUGUUGGAGGAGCUGCCGCUGUGCUGCUGUCGGAUGGAGACUCCUUACAGCGGAGGCAGCCGGUCCACAAUUGAGCAGACCUGCAUGGCCAUGGAGAGCAUGGAUGGAAUGCUGAGCCGUUGCCAGAGGCGAGUGAUGAAGCAGGAAAUGAUGCGCCCCUCUAACAAGGUCCAUCUGCUGGUUCUGUGUGAGGAGCACCGGGCCGGCAUGGUGAAGCACCACUGCUGCCCCGGUUGUGGGCUCUUCUGCCGGGCGGUGAGGGAACACGCUCACUCAUCUAUCAACAC